CCCACCCCCAAAGGUAAACUGAUUCACCAACUGUUUAUUUCACCCCUUUACAACAAUUUACCUGAAUCCAUCCUUGACGUACAACCUUACAACCUUUCUAACUCACAUUAGAUACCGUCGCCAGUCGCCUGCCAUCUCAACGUAACCCUCCGUAACGUCAUCAUAAAGAUUCGUCGGCUAUUCAAUUGUACAAUUGAUCCUACUUUCUCACCUACACCACUGAACCCACUGUGCAUCUGAUUCGCAACCUCGCAACCUCGCAACCUCGCAACCUCUCAGGCUGUAUUGGCCUAGUUUGUCCAUACAUGACCUAUUACCUACAUAGGUACCAGGAUAAUACCAAAAUACCAGCAUACCAGCAUACCAGAAUACUAGGAUACUGGAUCUGAAUUCAAUUCAAUCUUCGAACUCGGCCGACCGCGUCGUCUAACCUACCUACCUACCUAUUCACCCCGCACAAAGCAAAACAAUUCCCCUCAAGGGAUCUCUAUCUCUCACCUUCGAGCCGCGCUGUCUUUUAGGACCGAUAUAUCAUAAAUACCACCUACUGCCAGUCAUCGACUGGACUGCGUACGCCUGGAACGUGGGCUUUUGUCCACACCCUCUUUAACAAGAUCUUCUCCCACACUUAGAUCAUUUCUUAUCAAAUCUUCAGAUGAUAUGGCAAUACGAUAUACAGCUGAAGCGCUAGUUUAUCUGCGCGAGUCCCCGCUAUGUAUCAAGCCGAGUACACUACCUCCUGCGGAAGAAUGGAUGGGACCGCCGCCUGAGACAUUCCGCAAUAAUCAAGGGAACAAGCCUGGGACAGAAAGAAGUAAAAGCAAUGACAACCCUUUACUCGAACAGACUAAUAGGCGAACAGGUGUCGAUAGACAUGUAUCGCGGAACUCUGGGAAUCCCGAGGAUAUUAUCCUGGGGCCCCCGCGUAUGACUUUCUCAUCGGCAACUUUAUCGAGGGGCAACAAGCCUUUCGAUAACGAUAAGGGUCCUAAAGAGACCGAUUCUCGAGACCGCUUCGCUUUCCGGUCUCGGAAUGGCGACACCGACAACUCGGAACGUCCCCGUGACCGUGACCGUGACCGCGAGCGAGAUCGUGAUACCCGAACCACUUUUCGUCGGCGUGGGGAUGCAGAUCAGGACAGUGACGGCUGGAGCACCGUUAAGCCUCGCAAAAGCUUUGGGCACGAAGGUGCCGAACGUUUUCAUGGACGCAUGGGUGAUCGCCCUGAGCGCUUUGGGGGAGAGCGCCGAGUCCGUGAUCCAGAUGAUCGCGAGAAUGGCGAACGGCCUCGCCGCACCUUUGGUGAAUUUGCCAAGGAGAAAGAGGGCGAGGAAGGUGAAAAGCCUCGUAGAAAUGGCGGCACUAAUAGGCAUCGGGCAGACCAGCCUUGGCUAAGGGAGAAUAACGAUGCAUCGUCCGCCCCUCGGGAGCGAUUUGAUAGGGCGAGAAGCUGGAGAGAAAGAGACGAACAACACCAAGCCGAAGUACACCAGGAAAGACCAAGAGAAAGAGGGUUCGAACGAAGAUGGGAUCGAGACCGAGAUCAACGUCAAGAACGUGAUCCGGAAUGGUACGCCGAACCAGCAGAGGAGCAGCCUCAAGCACGUACCCAAGAGGACUUCAAGAAGUUCAUGGAUAGCAUGAAGGCUGGGAAGAACCCAGUCAAGGCAGAGCCAACCCCCAAAUCAUCUGCCGAAGCAUCUGCGCCCCCCGAGAAAGUUGAAAUCGAGAAAACGAAGGCCAAGUCAACGCCUGCCAUUGAGAUCGGCCCAGACAAGUUUUUCGCCGCAUUUGCUCAGAGUACUAGCAUCGAAGGCGCUGGCAACGCCGGUGAACCAAGCAAGGAGAAUGCUGUGCCUGUCAUGAAACCAAAAUCAGGUUCUCGGUUUCAAACGUUUUUCUCAUCUCAGGAGGAAUCACGACGGCAGGUAGAGAACCCAGUUCCUGUUGUCAGCGCACCGCCACCGCCCGAGAUGAAUCCACUCCUAGCCAUGGCUGGAGCGCAGUCUGGAUCCCAACCACAAUCGCAAAACGACGUGGCCGAGAAAGUAGCGUUCCAAGCCUUGCUCCAGAAGUUGCAGAAACAGACUCUACAAACACCCCCUCCAACCAGCGGGUUUUCGGAACCUCCCCCCAAUCAUGCGGCGGCUUCUCCUGGUCCAUUCCAGCCCUACAUACAAGAGCGCCGUGACGAGCCCCUCGCUCGUGGUCUUCCGCCAAACCUUCCACCGAAUCAUGAUGCUCACACGCCUAGACCACAACUUAACCCACAAUUUGCUGGAAUGCGUACAGAGCAACAAAUGCUCCAUGAAAUCAUUAGCCAACGUCACGUUGGCCAGAACCAGCCCGCUAUGCGUUCCGAGCAGCCACCAAGCCGUAAUAGCAGCAGCAAUGCUGAGUUUCUCAUGACUUUAAUGCAAAGUGCUCGACCGGCGCCUGAAGUCCAGAGAAAUGAGCAGCUUACUAUGAGAAUGCCGCAACCUUCCAGGCCGGCACAGAUUCUCCCCACGCCAGACCGAGAUCUAGAUUAUCAGCAUGAGCGCAACACUCCACUCCAUCAAGUUGGUCGCGGCGCCAACCUUCCUAGUUAUUUCGAUGAACCUCCAAUGCACCACCGUGAGCAAGACAACCGCCCGCAACAACCCACUCAAAUUCUCCAGCGCCAAGUUCCCCCGGGCCUGGAUCAGAUGCACCCCGCUGCUUGGAUGCAAAACAACGGGCAACAAUUGCCUCCUCCGCAGCGUCCCAUGAUCCCGCCUCCUGGAUUGGCCGGGAACCCACGUAAUGGGCCCCUUCCCGGUUUCCCGCCCAACUUCCCCAUGGGCGCAUUCCCUCCAGAAGGAAUAGCGGCCCCCCCUCGUAACAUGGCGCCCCCUCCUGGAUUCUUUGGCGGACCACCGCCGCCGCCACCGGGGUUCAUACCACCCGGAAUGGGUGGUUUCCAGGGACCAGAAAACGUCGGGUUUGGCUUCGAUCACCGCGGAAUGCCUCCCCCGCCAGGUGCUUUCCGUAGGAACUAGGAGUCACCCGGGGCUGGUAACGUCGACGGAGAACAAUCGCUCAAACCUACAUAAUCUACCGCUAGCCCUAGCUGGAACCUUCCCAACAUAACAUUGUUUAGUGCUUUCCUGGCAAGGGCCUCCAAAUGGAGGAGAAACGGCCAAAUUUUCGUACUGGUAUCAUGUAUUUGAAACGUGAGGGACUAGAAAGCAAAGGCUGGAAUCGGGAGAAAGCCACCCCUUCAUUAUCAAAUGAAGGGGAGGGGAGGGAGGAUAACAAGAGGUUCUUAAAAACCGUCAACGCCCAUUCUUGCCUCUCCCCGAGACUCCAGUCUAGGAAAAAGGGAAUGGCAAAGGAAGCUUUCUGG